AAGGCAAAGGUUGUUUUUAAAUAAUUUCAUUUCAUAUAAGCAGUAAUAACAGAAUAUGAUAUGAUCGUAAAAUGUAUAAAGUCUAAUUUAGAUAAUCGAGUGCCAGCGCAACAAAUCAGUGCAAUAAAAGUUGAAAACAUCACUAAAAGCGUCUGUGUUAACUUUUAAAAAAUCGCUACUAAUUUUCAUAUCGUACAUUUCAACUUUAACUAUUACUGUUACAAAGCUAACUAAGCUAACUUCUCUAUCGGCAUCAAAAUGUACGGCUUCGUUAAUUAUGCUUUGGAGCUGUUGGUACUUAAGCAUUUUGGCGAAGAAAUAUGGGAGAAAAUCAAAAAGAAGGCCAUGGUCAGCAUGGACGGGCAAUUUCUCGUACGUCAAAUCUACGAUGAUGAAAUUACCUAUAAUCUUAUUGGAGCUGCAGUUGAAAUUCUAAAUAUACCAGCUGAUGAUAUUUUAGAAAUAUUUGGCAAGACAUUCUUUGAGUUUUGUCAAGAUUCCGGUUAUGAUAAAAUAUUGCAAGUUUUAGGCGCCACACCUAGAGAUUUUCUACAGAAUUUAGAUGCUUUACAUGACCAUUUGGGCACUUUAUAUCCGGGCAUGAGAGCACCAUCGUUUCGUUGCACAGAGAAAGAUGGUUCUUUACUAUUGCAUUAUUACUCUGAACGUCCAGGCCUAGAGCAUAUUGUAAUGGGCAUUGUUAAGGCUGUGGCUUCUAAACUGCAUGGUGUCGAGGUGGAAAUCGAUAUAAUUAAACGAAAAGGUGACCCAGUUGAGGAACAUGAAAAAGAUGACGUUUUCUCUCAGCAAUUACAACAGCAACAACAUGUAACUACCAAUACGUUUGCAAGCGAGGAAAAUAACAAUCAUAAUAGAAACUUAAAUAACAACAACGAACAAGACACAGUGGAAAAUUUUAGCAAUACGGAUGGAGUUAACAAAAACGAAGAGCAAUGUGUUUUUAUUAAACCAAAGUCGAGUUCAAUCUCUUCAACAACUGCCACAAAAGCCGACAGUUUCGAUGCCGACGAAGACAAGGAGCAGAAAUGCUUACGUUUAUUGAAAAAUAAAAGCGACGAUAUCGAGCGUUACGAUCAUGUACAAUUUCUAAUACGCGAAAUAACGUCUGAUGCCAAAGCCGAUAGCAAAGAGACGGCAACUAAGGACCAGGAAGCCAGCAAAGAGCCACCAGAUGAAAUCGAUUUUUUAUGUGAAGCUCCAUUAAUAUCGCCGGCAUCGUUUUGUAAAAUUUUUCCAUUUCAUUUAAUGUUUGAUCGUCAAAUGAAAAUUGUUCAGGCCGGCAAAUCUGUCUCAAGAGUUAUACCACGGGUGGCGGAUGAAAAUUGCUCGUUAUUGGAAGUGCUCGAAGCAAUACGUCCUCAUUUACAGUUGACAUUCGAAAAUGUAUUGGCGCAUAUCAAUACCAUUUAUGUGCUGCAAACACGUCAAGGUGCCAUGGGCAAGCAUGAACGUUAUCUCAGACUGAAGGGUCAAAUGAUGUACUUACCCGAAACGGAGCGUAUAUUGUUUCAGUGCUAUCCGAGCGUUAUGAAUUUAGAUGACUUGGCCAAGAAGGGCCUAUAUAUCUCCGAUGUUCCUUUGCAUGAUGCUACGCGCGAUUUAGUAUUGUUAUCGGAAAAAUUUGAAGCCGAAUAUAAGCUGACGAAAAAUCUUGAAAUGCUAACCGAUAAACUACAGCAAACAUUUCGUGACUUGGAAAGUGAAAAGCAAAAAACUGACAGGUAAUUAUUAAAUGCCACAACUUAACAUCCAAGAAUUGAUUUACGUAAUAAAAAACAAGUGGCUCAAAAAAGUUAUGAUUCUGUUACCCUUAUGUUCUCUGGCAUUGUGGGUUUCGGAAAAUAUUGCGCAGAGAAUACAGAUCCUGAAGGUGCAAUGAAAAUUGUAAAAAUGUUAAAUGAACUUUAUACCGUUUUUGAUGCUUUAACUGAUUCGAAACGUAAUCCAAAUAUUUAUAAGGUCGAAACAGUUGGUGAUAAAUAUAUGGCCGUAUCUGGAUUACCGGAUCAUUGUGAAGAUCAUGCAAAAUGUAUUGCCCGUCUAGCACUCGAUAUGAUGGAAAUGGCUAAAAAUGUUAAAAUGGGUCCAAAUCCAAUGCAAAUUACAAUUGGAAUACAUUCUGGUGAAGUUGUAACCGGUGUUAUUGGCAAUCGUGUGCCACGCUAUUGUUUAUUCGGUAACACUGUAAAUUUGACCAGCCGUACUGAGACAACUGGCAUACCCGGGCGGAUAAAUGUCAGUGAAGUUACGUACAAAUUACUCUGCCAAGAGAUCAACCAGGACGAUUCAUUUCAUCUUGAAUAUCGUGGACCAGUCGUUAUGAAAGGCAAACCAACACCAAUGGAUUGUUGGUUUCUUACACGCAACAUCAUGGAUAGUGGAAGUGUUGCAACAAUUGGCGGUGCAUGUACUACGGGUAUUGUUGAUACUAUUUUGACACCACAAACGCCUACAGUACCUACAAGUACACAACUAUUUCAACAGCAACAACAACAACAACAACAACAUCAAAUACAUCCUAUACCAGCUACACGUACAAAUGUGGCUCGAACUGAAAGAACGACGUCUACAUCUAGUAACACUUCAGUAUCCCCUUCGACAUCUGCAGGCAACGUAGUCAUAUCUGAGCAGGCAAAUGGCUCUACAACGGAAACAUAGAAAAUAUGCCAUAAUUCGUCCUGUUGCUGCUGAAAUCUACUAUAAGUUUCCAUUUCAACACAUCCAUACAUAUGUAUAUAUAUAUAUGUAUAUAUAUAUAUAUAUAUAUAUAUAGAAGAAUGUGGUUUCUAUUCAUUGAAAGCGUUGACUUUCAUCUUUUUUAAAUGCAGAAUAAAAUAAGAUAAGCAAUCCUUCUACAUAUAUGUACACAUAAUUUAAGUUAGAAAGAUAUAUUCGUCCAGGGACGAAUAUCGGAUACCCACCACUUUAGCUACUUAUAGGAAAAUCAAGUACAAGCUUGUUGGCAUGCCGAUCUACGCUGUACGGACAAAUAAAUUGCAAUAAAAACGAAUAAUCCUACGGCAGACCAUUGGAAGAAGGCGAAUUCACUCCCAAGACCCUAUAAGUCAAACAUCGAUCGAUUCUGUCAUAAGCGGAGUCAAGAGUUUGUGCACUACAAAAUAAACAGAAAUGGUCGGUAGACGUGGACGAACAAAAUUAUCGAUGAUUACUAAGAGUACUACGAAGAAAACUUGACAAAGGAUCAAGAACUCGGUAGCGGAAUGAGCGAAUAAUAUGGUGAAAGAGCAAAGAAACAAAGCUCCUAUCGAAUGUAUUAUUAGUAAAGGAAGGAAACAGUCGAACAGAUAGACAACUUACAACAACAACAAGAAAGACAUUCAUACGCAAUAUGACAAGAGGCCAGAUUACCAAUGAUUGUGAAGUCAUACGGUAGUCAACGCUCAGAUAAGCUCAAAUAAAACUCAUUUAGAAUCUCGUAUAGUGCAAGUUUCAGCUAUGUGACUUUGGUGGAUUUUCCUAUGAAUAUUUUUUAGAAUUCCAAGCAUAAUGAAUGACUUAAUCACUAGACACGAAUGUUGCUGUGGUGGAUAGAAAAAUAAUAAAAAUAAAAAAAUAAGUAAAUAAAUAAAAAGUAAGCGAACUGCCUUCUCUACGUAACAUACUUUUGCGCACUCCACGUACUACAUAUACAUAUAUAUAUAUAUUAUAUACAAAUUUGCCAAGUACUCACAAAAUGCUAAAUAAAAAUGCUACUCAAAUGCGAUAUAAAUAGCAUUGAAUUGUAAACACAUUAUAACUUCCUAACAAAACAAUUACUUCCUGAUAUUAUACUUUUUCUUUUGCGAGCUGUUACGAUAAACUCAAGUCUCUCUACUCCAUAAAUAUUUUUUAAAGCAUCGUAAUAUAAAAUAAUUAUAAAAUUUUUCUGAUCUCUUUUUUUUUUUUUUUCUUUUUGAAUUUUUUUAAGAACAAUUCUACUGAACCAAUAUUUAUAUAAAAUUAGUCUCUCAAUACAAAUGUAAAUACCAUACGUAUAAAAGAAAAAGAAAAGAAAAAACUGAUCACAUACACACAUGCAAUGUUGAUAUCUCCUCCAAGGAGAAAUCUCCUCCACUGAAAUCUAUUCAUAUUCUCUGAGAACGCUGUAUGUUAGCACAAAGAAGAAGAUUAACCUCCACAUACAUAUAUAUAUGUAUAUAUAUAUAUAUAAAUUCUAAAAGACAUUUAUAAAAUAUUUUAAAAAAUUUAGAAAAGUUUUAAAAAAUAGCAAAUAGACAGGAAAUCCGCAUAAAAACAUAUUCAUAUUUAAAUAAGAACAAGAAAUAAACGAUAACAAAAGUAUAGACCAAUGGAACAAUUUAUUAAGAGAAAAUCACAUAUAUAUAUAUAUAUAUAUAUAUAUAUAUAUAUAUAAAAUUAAUUGAAAUUAAAAAAAAAAAAAGAAAAACUCUAUGUAACGUAAAUCAUAUGCUGAACUAUAUAUUGCACAACUAAAAAAUUUCAUCUAUAACAACUAAACUAAACUGAAAAAAAAAAGAAAAAAUUAUGGAAACAAAGGGAUGUUAGACCAAAAUGCAAAGUACAGAAAAUCCUUUAAAAAAAAAAAAAAAAAAAAAA